AUGAAGGCGAUCCAAAUCAAGGAGUUCAAUACUCCUUACGAGGUCAGCGAGGUCAGUGUGCCGACGCCAAAGCCGUACCAGGUGCUCGUUCAAAUCAAGGCGGGCGGCUUCUGUCAUACCGACUGCAUGGCUCACGAGAACGCUUUCAACACCAAACUACCCUUCAUAGGAUCCCAUGAGCCAGCUGGUAUAGUUGUGGCUGUUGGAUCUGAUGUGAAGGAGUUUGAAGUAGGCGAUCGGGUUGGCUGCAUCAACUUCGAGAGCUGUUGCGGAGUAUGCCCCGACUGCCUCGCUGGGCGGCCAAUCUAUUGCGACAAUCCUUUGAUGAAGGGCCUCACUACAGAUGGAGCAUGGGCGGAAUACAUGGUGGCUGAUCAGCGGUUUACCGUUAAACUUCCGAAGAAACUCGAGUUUUCUGUAGCGGCCUGUUUGAUGUGCGCUGGCAUCAGCAUCUACGGGGCGAUCAAGAGAGCCAGGGUUCCUGUGGGAGGCUCCAUCGGCAUCAUCGGAAUCGGUGGUUUAGGUCACAUCGGAACCCAAGUUGCAAAGGCCAUGGGCUACAAGGUUGCGGCUGUCGACGUGAAGCAGGAUGCGCUGGAUCUAGUGCAAUCCUACGACCUGAAGCCGGACGUCUGCGUUCUUGCAACAACUCCAGCUGAUGAAGCAAUGCGCAAGGUUUCUGAAGUAAUUAGGGGAGACUAUCCGGGCCUUGAUGCUACCAUCCUCGCAACUGACGCCCCUCCCGCUUUCGACUUUGCUGCUGCUAUCACCCGCAAGCAUGGCACUAUGGUAUUACUGGGUCAGCCAGAGAAAGGCAUCACACUUUCCUACUAUACUGUUAUCUACCGGGAUAUCAAACUGGUUGGAUCACUUGUUGCGGAUAAGCAUGAGACGCAAGAGCUUGUGGACUUGGUCGCGCGUCACGAUAUCAAGGUUCACAUAAAGAAAUGGAAACCAGAACAGGCGGAGGAGAUGAGGAGGGAGUAUUUAGAAGGGAAAGGCGGCGGUAAGAAUAUUAUUGUAUUCGAGUAG